AUGUCAGACGUGAUUUUGAUUGAUUCAGAUUCUGAAGCGGAAAUUCCACCAAGUAAGAAAUUUAAACCUAAUCCAACCAGCGAACCUUACAUAAAAUCUAGAAAUGGUAUAUCAAUUAAACCAUUCAAUGAUAUUACAUCGUCAUCAUCGUCAAAUGAAGAAGAAUUAGACCUGUCCGACUCUAAUGAUGGAAUUAUCAUAUUAACUGAAUCAAAUCCUAAUAAAGUUAAAAAUAACUAUGAUCAUAACAACAAUAACAAAAAUCAGAAGAAUAACAAUAAUUAUGAAAAUAAUAAGAAUGGUAAAAAUAAUAGUCAUAGUACGACAGAGCUCAACUUAGAUAUCUCGAAACAAAUAUUUCAUCAAGAUUCCGAUUCAGAGUCUGCUAUGUCGUCAUCAGAAGAGGAUGAUAACGACCAUAUUGAUAUCAUCAACGCCAUAAAUCCUGAAGAUAUAGAACCAACAAGACAAUUCUUAAGACAACAUGGUAGUAUGGAAUUUUUAGAAACUUAUUUACCAGCUGCAGCUUCAUGUCAAGAUAUAGUUAAUUUGAUAUUACAAUUAGGAUUUAUACCGAAAAAUAUAAAAGAAUUAGUUAAAGAAUCAAAUUUAACAAAGGAAGAAAAUAUGAUUGAAUAUGUGAAUAUACUACAUCAAGCAAUGAUGAAGAUUAAAUCGAUACGACAAAGAAAAGAGGAUGUUAAAACUUACAAAGAUGUUGUAGAAUUAAUUAAAAAAAGUAAUAAAAUUUUGGUAGUGACUGGUGCUGGAAUAUCAACAAGUUUAGGAAUACCUGAUUUUAGAUCAUCAAAAGGUUUUUAUUCAAUGAUAGAAAACAUGGGAUUGAAUGAUCCGCAAGAAGUAUUUGAUUUAGAUUUAUUUAAAUUAGAUCCAUCAAUUUUUUAUUCAAUAGCUGAUAAAAUUUUACCACCUGGUAAAAUAUUCAGUCCAUUACAUUCAUUCAUUUAUUUAUUACAACAAAAAAAUAAAUUACUAAGAAAUUAUACUCAAAAUAUAGAUAAUUUAGAAAGUUAUGCAGGUAUUAAAAAUGAAAAAUUAAUUCAAUGUCAUGGAUCUUUUGCUAACGCAACUUGUUUAACUUGUGGUGAUAAAAUUCCUGGUGAAAAAAUAUUCCCACAAAUAAGAUCCAAGAAAAUUCCAUAUUGUAAAAAAUGUAAUAUCAAAAAGCAACAAAUGUUGAAAAAAAAUGAUGAUUGUGAUAUCCUGGAAAGUUUUGGAGUAUACAAACCAGAUAUAACUUUUUUUGGUGAACCAUUACCUGAAAGGUUUCAUGAUCAUGUUAAUAUAGAUUUACAAAAUUGUGAUUUGUUAAUAAGUAUAGGAACUUCACUAAAAGUUGCUCCUGUUGCUGAUAUAGUUGAAAAAAUUCCUCAAAAUAUUCCUCAAAUAUUAAUAAACAAAGAUUCUAUAAAUCAUUGUCAGUUUGAUGUUAGCUUGUUGGGAUUUUGUGACGAUAUUGCAAGUUUUUUAUGUAAUGAAUUAGGUGAUGACUGGAAAUUACCACAUAAAGAUUAUGAUAAUAUUAGAGGACCAAAUGGUGAUUAUUUGAAAGUCGAAUUGGUGAAUGACGAAUCAAGAGAAUAUCAUAUAGAGUCAACGAAAAGAGUAGCGAAAGCCGAAGAAUUAGAUUCUGGUAAGAAUAUUAUUGAGGAUGGAGAUAAUGAUGAGGAAAGUGAUGAUGGUAUAGAGAUCAUACGCUGUUCUAACUUGAAGAAAGUAGACCCGCCAGUCUCCAUAUAG